GGCCAUUUUGUUUUCGAGAUCUUUCUACCGAAUGGGUUACAUGUGAAUUCUGAAAGAGGUCAAUUAAAUCCUGUUCCAUCCUUUUCGUCUGUGGCUGAAAUAUCUUCAAAAUCUCAUCAUGACUUCCGUCGGAUCUCUUGCAUUCGAUGAGUUUGGUCGGCCGUUUUUCAUCGUCAGAGAUCAGGACCAAAAGACCCGUUUGACUGGGAUCGAAGCUCAGAAGUCGCACAUAAUGGCUGCCAAGAGUGUAGCAUCAACAUUGAAGACAUCUUUAGGACCAAAUGGUCUUGAUAAGAUGCUGGUAAGCCCAGAUGGUGAGGUCACAGUAACAAACGACGGAGCCACCAUUCUCAGCAAGAUGGAUGUUGAGCAUCAGAUUGCUAAACUUCUUGUCCAACUCUCCAAGUCACAAGAUGAUGAGAUUGGAGAUGGUACUACUGGAGUGGUCGUACUCGCUGGAGCCCUUCUUGAACAUGCAGAGGGUCUUCUAGAUCGUGGCAUUCAUCCAAUCCGCAUUGCUGACGGCUAUGAGAUGGCUGCCCGUAAAGCUGUCCAGAGACUUGAGGAAAUCAAGGAAGCAUUUGUGGUCAGCAAAGAUCACUUGGAGCCACUAAUCGAGACAGCUAUGACCACACUUGGAUCAAAGAUUGUGAACAAGUGUCAUCGUCAGAUGGCUAAAAUUGCCGUGGAUGCAAUCAUGACCGUUGCAGAUUUCGAUCGUAAAGAUGUAGACUUUGAACUGAUCAAGGUCGAGGGAAAGGUCGGAGGUCAACUUGAGGACACCAUGCUGGUCAAAGGGGUCAUUAUCGACAAAGAUUUCAGCCAUCCACAGAUGCCCAAGGAAAUCAAAGAUGCUAAGAUGGCGAUCCUGACGUGUCCGUUUGAGCCUCCUAAACCCAAGACGACUCACAAGUUGGAUAUCAAGUCAGUCGAGGACUAUAAGAAGCUGAAGGAGUAUGAGAAUAAGAAAUUCACUGACAUGGUGGAGCAGGUGAAAGCGACAGGAGCUAAUCUCGCCAUUUGUCAAUGGGGAUUUGAUGACGAGGCAAACCACUUACUUCUACAGAAUAAACUCCCAGCUAUCAGAUGGGUAGGAGGACCAGAAAUCGAGUUAAUAGCCAUUGCAACGGGUGGCCGCAUCGUCCCACGCUUCCAAGAGCUCACCGCAGAGAAACUGGGUAAAGCAGGCAUCGUGAGGGAGUUGUCAUUCGGCACAACCAAAGAUCAUAUGUUGGUUAUCGAGGAUUGUCAUAAUUCUAGAGCCGUGACCAUCUUCAUCCGCGGUGGAAACAAAAUGAUCAUUGAAGAAGCUAAGCGUAGUUUACAUGACGCCCUGUGUGUAAUCCGCAAUCUAGUCCGUAAUAAUCACAUUGUAUAUGGAGGUGGUGCUGCGGAGAUUGCAUGUGCUCUCGCUGUCAGUAGAGAAGCAGAUAAGAUUUCCACAAUAGAGCAGUACGCCAUGCGUAGUUUCAGCGAUGCUCUAGAAUCUAUCCCCAUGGCACUAGCUGAGAACAGCGGUCUACAUCCAAUAAGGACGCUAGCCGACAUCAAAUCCAGACAAGUGAAAGAGGGAAACCCAAGACUUGGAAUUGACUGCAUGGGAAAGGGUACUAAUGACAUGAAGGAUCAGCACGUGAUCGAGACGCUGAUUGGAAAGACACAACAGAUCAACCUAGCUACACAACUUGUACGGAUGAUUCUUAAGAUUGAUGAUAUUAGGUCACAGUUUGGUCAAGCUCAGUGAGGAGUUAAUGUCAUGGACUUGCACCCGGUUCAGACAGGCAGUCCAGAGUCACGCCGAACCAAACAGAUUAAAAGCGACUCUCUAGGUCUACCCAAAUAAAUGUUGGUUUCAGACAGGCAAACUCAACAUAACAUUCACAUUGGUUUGGCUCGUGACAAGUUUGACGUCUGAAACCAAGGUGCUCGAGAGUUGUUUUGAUUGACUGCAACAGUCGAUCUUUCGACUUCUAGUGCGUUCAGUGGCUCCUAACUCUUUCAUACGUCAAACUUUUCUUGUAUUUAAUUCAGAAUUUGGUUUGGCGCGACUCUUGAGCCUCUUGUGUUAGAAUACUAGAUAUAAGCACAUUAUUAUGUGGGAAUGUACGCCAGUAUUAAGUCUAUUCACCUGUUGUAAUGAUUGAUCGCAAACUUGGUGUCUAACCUGAAAAUGUAAAUUUUCCAUUGAGCGUUCGUUUUUCUUUUCAAAAGCAGCAAUGCAUUGAUAGUAGGCUGGAUAAAAACGUUUCUUUGAUUGUCUUCAUGAAGUUGAAGAUCUUUUUUGUGGUCUUGGGUUCAUCUUAGUGGUAUUUUCUUGCCUUCACUUACCACAUGACCCGUUCUCGCCAUUGUUUCCUCUUCAUAAUGACAGACACAUUACACCUCGGUUUAAGUUUAUGUCAAACUUUAUGUACAUGCAGUAAG